CGAAAAGGAGCGAGGAGAGGAGGAGAAAGAGGAGGAGGAGGAGAAAGGCGAAGAAAAAGAGACUGAGAGACGGAGAAAGAGCGAGAGAGGAAGAAAGGCAGAAAGGGCGUGUUUCUGGCGCUGCGUUUCCCCUCCCCUUUCUCAGGUCCUUCGCUCGGGCUCUGCGCGCUCUCCGGCUGCAGCUCUCUCCCGGCGAAGCUGGGAAUUGGGUGGGAUUACACGGAGCAGCCCCGCCGCCGCCGCUGGCAGAGGCCGGCUUGGAGAGGGCGGGGGUUCCCCUCCGUCAGUCGCCCCUGGCGCCCCUCGCCUCGUCGCACUCUCCGCCUCGCUCUCCCCAACGUCCGGCCAGGAGGACCCGGUAGCAUCGGGAGCCUCGCGCCGAGGGCGCCGCGGUCCGCGCCCCGCGACUGCAGCCCCCGGCCUGGCCCCGGCGGGGCGCCCCCUCCCCUCCCCCUCCUGCGCGCUGGGAUCCGGCCGGCUUCCGCCCACCCCUGGCCGCGAGACCGGCCCCGGCGGCUGGGCCGCCAGUAGCUCCAGCCAUGGGCUCGGGGCGCGUACCCGGGCUCUGCCUGCUUGUCCUGCUGGUCCACGCCCGCGCCGCCCAGUACAGCAAAGCCGCGCAAGAUGUGGAUGAGUGUGUGGAGGGGACUGACAACUGCCACAUCGAUGCUAUCUGCCAGAACACCCCGAGGUCAUACAAGUGCAUCUGCAAGUCUGGCUACACAGGGGAUGGCAAACACUGCAAAGACGUGGAUGAGUGCGAGCGAGAGGAUAAUGCAGGUUGUGUGCAUGACUGUGUCAACAUCCCUGGCAAUUACCGGUGUACCUGCUAUGAUGGAUUCCACCUGGCACAUGACGGACACAACUGUCUGGAUGUGGACGAGUGUGCCGAGGGCAACGGCGGCUGUCAGCAGAGCUGCGUCAACAUGAUGGGCAGCUAUGAGUGCCACUGCCGGGAAGGCUUCUUCCUCAGCGACAACCAGCAUACCUGUAUCCAGCGGCCAGAAGAAGGAAUGAAUUGCAUGAACAAGAACCACGGCUGUGCCCACAUUUGCCGGGAGACACCCAAGGGGGGUAUUGCCUGUGAAUGCCGUCCUGGCUUUGAGCUUACCAAGAACCAACGGGACUGUAAAUUGACAUGCAACUAUGGUAACGGCGGCUGCCAGCACACGUGUGAUGACACAGAGCAGGGUCCCCGGUGUGGCUGCCAUAUCAAGUUUGUGCUCCAUACCGACGGGAAGACAUGCAUCGAGACCUGUGCUGUCAACAACGGGGGCUGUGACAGUAAGUGCCAUGAUGCAGCGACUGGUGUCCACUGCACCUGCCCUGUGGGCUUCAUGCUGCAGCCAGACAGGAAGACGUGCAAAGAUAUAGAUGAGUGCCGCUUAAACAACGGGGGCUGUGACCACAUUUGCCGCAACACAGUGGGCAGCUUCGAAUGCAGUUGCAAGAAAGGCUAUAAGCUUCUUAUCAAUGAGAGGAACUGCCAGGAUAUAGACGAGUGUUCCUUUGAUCGAACCUGUGACCACAUAUGUGUCAACACACCAGGAAGCUUCCAGUGUCUCUGCCAUCGUGGCUACCUGUUGUAUGGUGUCACCCACUGUGGGGAUGUGGAUGAAUGCAGCAUCAACCGGGGAGGUUGCCGCUUUGGCUGCAUCAACACUCCUGGCAGCUACCAGUGUACCUGCCCAGCAGGCCAGGGUCAGCUGCACUGGAAUGGCAAAGAUUGCACAGAACCACUGAAGUGUCAGGGCAGUCCUGGGGCCUCGAAAGCCAUGCUCAGCUGCAACCGGUCUGGCAAGAAGGACAGCUGUGCCCUGACCUGUCCCUCCAGGGCCCGAUUUUUGCCAGAGUCUGAGAAUGGCUUCACGGUGAGCUGUGGGACCCCCAGCCCCAGGGCUGCUCCAGCCCGAGCUGGCCACAAUGGGAACAGCACGAACUCCAACCACUGCCAUGAGGCUGCAGUGCUGUCCAUUAAACAACGGGCCUCCUUCAAGAUCAAGGAUGCCAAAUGCCGUUUGCACCUGCGAAACAAAGGCAAAACAGAGGAGGCUGGCAGAAUCACAGGGCCAGGUGGUGCCCCCUGCUCUGAAUGCCAGGUCACCUUCAUCCACCUUAAGUGUGACUCCUCUCGGAAGGGCAAGGGCCGACGGGCCCGGACCCCUCCAGGCAAAGAGGUCACAAGGCUCACCCUGGAACUGGAGGCAGAGGUCAGAGCCGAAGAAACCACAGCCAGCUGUGGGCUGCCCUGCCUCCGACAGCGAAUGGAACGGCGGCUGAAAGGAUCCCUGAAGAUGCUCAGAAAGUCCAUCAACCAGGACCGCUUCCUGCUGCGCCUGGCAGGCCUUGAUUAUGAGCUGGCCCACAAGCCAGGCCUGGUAGCCGGGGAGCGAGCAGAGCCGAUGGAGUCCUGUAGGCCCGGGCAGCACCGUGCUGGGACCAAGUGUGUCAGCUGCCCGCAGGGAACGUAUUACCACGGCCAGACGGAGCAGUGUGUGCCAUGCCCAGCGGGCACCUUCCAGGAGAGAGAAGGGCAGCUCUCCUGCGACCUUUGCCCUGGGAGUGAUGCCCACGGGCCUCUUGGAGCCACCAACGUCACCACAUGUGCAGGUCAGUGCCCACCUGGCCAACACUCUGUAGAUGGGUUCAAGCCCUGUCAGCCAUGCUCACGUGGCACCUACCAACCUGAAGCAGGACGGACCCUAUGCUUCCCUUGUGGUGGGGGCCUCACCACCAAGCAUGAAGGGGCCAUUUCCUUCCAAGACUGUGACACCAAAGUCCAGUGCUCCCCAGGGCACUACUACAACACCAGCAUCCAUCGCUGUAUUCGCUGUGCCAUGGGCUCCUAUCAGCCCGACUUCCGUCAGAACUUCUGCACCCGCUGUCCAGGAAACACAAGCACAGACUUUGAUGGCUCUACCAGUGUGGCCCAAUGCAAGAAUCGUCAGUGUGGUGGGGAGCUGGGUGAGUUCACUGGCUAUAUUGAGUCCCCCAACUACCCGGGCAACUACCCAGCCGGUGUGGAGUGCAUCUGGAACAUCAACCCCCCACCCAAGCGCAAGAUCCUUAUCGUGGUACCAGAGAUCUUCCUGCCAUCUGAGGAUGAGUGUGGGGACGUCCUCGUCAUGAGAAAGAACUCAUCACCAUCCUCCAUUACCACUUAUGAGACCUGCCAGACCUACGAGCGUCCCAUUGCCUUCACUGCCCGUUCCAGGAAGCUCUGGAUCAACUUCAAGACAAGCGAGGCCAACAGCGCCCGUGGCUUCCAGAUCCCCUAUGUUACCUAUGAUGAGGACUAUGAGCAGCUGGUAGAAGACAUUGUGCGAGAUGGCCGGCUCUAUGCCUCUGAAAACCACCAGGAGAUUUUAAAGGACAAGAAGCUCAUCAAGGCCUUCUUUGAGGUGCUAGCCCACCCCCAGAACUACUUCAAGUACACAGAGAAACACAAGGAGAUGCUGCCAAAAUCCUUCAUCAAGCUGCUCCGCUCCAAAGUUUCCAGCUUCCUGAGGCCCUACAAAUAGUAACCCUAGGCUCAGAGACCCAAUUUUUUAAGCCCCCAGACUCCUUAGCCCUCAGAGCCGGCAGCCCCCUACCCUCAGACAAGGAACUCUCUCCUCUCUUUUUGGAGGGAAAAAAAAAGUAUCACUACACAGACCAGGCACUCUCCCUUUCUGUCUUUCUAGUUUCCUUUCCUUGUCUCUCUCUGCCUGCCUCUCUGUUUCCCCUUUUCUAACAUACUACCUAGAAAAGCCAUUCAGUACUGGCUCUAGUUCCCCUGAGAUGUAAAGCAACAGUACAGCCCCUUCCACUGCCCAUUUUACCAGCUCACAUUCCUGACCCCAUCAGCUUGGAAGGGUGCUAGAGGCCCAUGAAGGAAGUGGGUCUGGUGGGGAAUGGGGAGGGGAAAGAAGGGCUUCUGCCAUUAUAGGGUUGUGCCUUGCUACUCAGGGGCCAAAAUGUCCCCAGGCUCUGCUCCCUAGGGUGAUUCUAACAGCCCAGGGUCCUGCCAAAGAAGCCUUUGAUUUACAGGCUUAAUGCCAGCACCAGUCCUCUGGGGCACAUGGUUUGAGCUCUGGACUUCCCACAUGGCCAGCUUUCUUGUCUAUACAGAUCCUCUCUUUCUUUCCCCACAUGUCUGCCUGGGGUCUACUUCAUAAGGGUUUACAAAUGGCCCACAACACUGAGUUAGUGGACACCGGCUAAAUGAGGAAGAGCAGCAGGCAUUGUCAUGUUGAAUGCCCCGCUGUAGCUCCCUGAGAGAAAGACUGUAGCUCUGCAGGACAGAAACCAGGUUUUAAAGCAUUGCCAAAAAAAAGAAAACAGAAAGAAAAAAAUGUAUCAUCUAAAGGACUAGACACAGAACAACUGGAAGUCAACUUCAAACACUAAUCCCUUUUCUUACUUGUCUUCCCUGGCCCAGCCACCUCCUCGGCCUGAUGUGAUGCUCCCUGGGGGAGCCCUACUCCCCUUGCUACAUGUUCUCCUUAAAGAAACAUGGCUAUUGACCUGAAGCCAGCCUAGGCCUUGCCCUACAGUUGUUUUUCCCUUGUAGCCCCAGCUGGCUUGUGGGCUUCACCAAAGAGGACCCCACUCUGCAGCCAGCCUGGAGCCACCUACCUCUGGCCUCAGGCUGUGGGCAGCAAAAGGAAUGUGUGUGCACUUGGCGAGCCUCCUGCCCACCCUGUCCACACCUAAUAAGUGCAAUCAUUUUGAGUCUUUCUAUGUUGUCUAGACGGAGGGGUUUUUGUUUUCUGGGUUUGUUUUUUGUUUUUGUUUCUUUUUCCUCUAUUAGCAAAACCCUAUUUAUAGCUGCCCAAGAGAAAAGAGUGUAUGUUUGGAGUGGAAGAAAAUCAGUUUUGAAUCUCAUGAACCUUGAGUGCUGGAGCAUCUGAUCUAUCUCUAUGCCACCACUGGCCACCUAGAGCCCUUGGCUGUGGUAAUCCAGGGUAAUUGCCAGAGGCAUCUGAUGUGUAGGAAAGUAAUUCUGGGGAUUUGAUGAAGCAGAAAGGAGAGAGACCUAUGUUUGCUAAACCAGUCCUGCUAUCCCUAUGCCUCUCCAUGGAGUCAGUGUGGACCUCAUGAUUAUAGAGGCCAAUGGAACUGGUCAGUGAUUCUCUACCCCAAGUAGGGAAAACCUCCAUCUUUUCCCUGUCUUCAUCCUGUUAUCCCCUGGUGUACACAUGGAAGAGGACCAGGACAUACCACCUGGGGAUGGGCUGACUCAGGGUCCCGAGGCCAGAGACAAAGCUGUGGGAGCCAAGAAUAAGAAGGAAGGCAUCAGAUAUUCGCCUGGCUCUGGUCACUUCCCUUUGAAGUUGACUUCAAGCUUAGCUUCCUCAACUACUGUUUUUCAGAAGGAAGAAAGAAUCAAAUGGAAGAAGAAUCAAGUCCAUGCCCAAGCCCAAAGCCUGCACACAUUCUGCCUUUAAUCCAACUGUUGCCUAUAAAAUUAUUUUCUGUUUUCUCACUCUAGUUCCCCCAAAGCUGUACUCCCAAUCAAUCAAAGGCUACCAACUGACUCCUCAGGUUCAUUUCUUUUUUUUUUUUCUUUUUAACUCUCCUGGUAACUCACAGAACAGCUCAGGUUCAUUUCUAGGUGACUGUCCUAGGCUACUGCUCCCCCAGGAGACUCAACACUAAAUAAAGGAGUCUGACCCCCUGCCCUCCCAUCAGUAGCAUUCAUCAGCCAAAACGACCAUAGCAGUAGGUAGCCAAUGACACAGCUAGAUUCUCUGACAACCAUUAGCCAACAUCAUGGCCCUUGUGGGUAGAGUGUCUGGCUACCUUUGUCUUUCUGGGUCAAGGAGGGCCACUGUAAAGAUGCAAAAUGGCUGCUUCCAAACAAGGGAAAUGGUCAUUUAGUAGGAGUGUCUCUGUACUUCCCAGGAAGCACCAUGAAAACUGCUUUAAUCAACUCUGACUAUCCUAAUUCUCCACCAGAAGCUAGGAUAACUUUUUUUUUUUUUUUUUUUUUGAGAUGGAGUCUCGCUCUGUCGCCCAGGCUGGAGUGUAAUGGUGCUAUCUCGGCCUACUGCAAACUCCACCUCCCAGGCUCAAGCAAUUCUGCCUCGGCCUCCCAAGUAGCUGGGAUUACAGGCGUGCGCCACCAUGCCCAGCUAAUUUUUGUAUUUUUAGUAGAGAUGGGGUUUCACCAUGUUGCCCGGGCUGGUCUUGAACUCUUGACCUCAGGUGAUCCACCCGCCUCGGCCUCCCAAAGUGCUGGGAUUACAGGCAUGAGCCACCAUGCCCAGCCUAGGGUAACUUUCUGAUUCCUCUCUGCCAGCUGUUUUGCAUCUCUUGGAAAGCCAAACAGUGACCAUGCUUCUUAACUUAUGCCUUCAGGGUCUGGCUUCUCCUUUCUCCCUUCCUUUCCUGUCACACCAUGCAUACAUACAUACAAAUACACAUCCUCCAACCAUUUAUUCCAUGGCUUAUAAGACCUGCAAAUGAGUUCCACAGUAUGGAAGGCAUAGACCACUAGGCUUCUUAACUGAUGUCAAGGCAGAUCUUGGUGAGCAGGUAAAAACCUGCUAUUGUCCACCAAGUUUAAUUUAGGCCCUCCAAGUUGGAGGGUUAAGAACCCAGGCAAAGCUGCUGCUGAAUCUAUGGAGGAGGUUGGCCCUGGGACAAACUAGGGGUUAACUGGAUUGAAUGAGGAGUCAAUGCUCAGGGACAUUCUAGGUCUUUACAGGUCAGAUAGAAGAGAGGUUUUUACCAUUGGAGGGAAGUGGAAAGAUGGUAUAAAUAGGAUCCCUUCAUGAAGCAACCCAGAGGCCUCUCUGCAGCAUGUAGGGUGUGGGGCUACAGUAUUGUGGGGCUUCCGUUCAUCUUAGUACAAAACCUCACCUGCUCUGAGCCUGGAACUGGGAGGGCUUCACGCACCAAGUGAUGCAUACCAGAAAGGCACUUAUAUCCUCAGCAAUAUGGCAGUUCCUCUUUGCUUCUCUGCCUCCCUCUUUCUAUAUUAUCAGGCCAUGCCUAUUCCUACAACCUGAGACAACUCUUGGAGUCAGAAGAAAACUGACCAGAUCCUGGAUCUGAGCUGCCUGCUCCAGGCCUAGAGAUCCCCAAAGGCUGGCACUGAGCUGUGACUGCUUUAACAGCCCCCAAGAUUUGGUCAGUUUGAGGUGGUGGAGACUCAGAUUUGUUGCUGGAAGUUCAGUAACACAGUCCUGGUCUUUGGCCCUAGAGAAACUUUUUAUAUAUGAGAAGUGUUCUCUAUAUACAUGUUUGAGGUGACUCUGGAAUGGAUUAUGAGGUCAUGUCUCAAAAUGUCAGAAAAUGUUAUAGAGCACUCGAACUUUUGUAUUUGCUCCUUAACCUCAAUAUUACAGCCACAAACAAGGGGUACCAAGACAAAGUAUAACUGACCAUAAGCAGAAAAUGUUAACCCUCCAGGCUUCUUUCUUAAGCACAGUAAGAGAAAAGUGGGAGCAAACAACACAAGGAUAUUUUUACAUUUGACCCGCCUCAAAAGUAGCACACCCUAUCCUUGUGCCAUUAUUUGUACAAGGAAAUAUAUGAUUAGAAGGAAUAGAACCCCCAGUUGUCAUCAGCUUUUUUAGACACCACAGGUUUUAGCAGUUUGAACAAACUGAAAACUUUAUUCUUCUGUGUGAGCUGAACUCAAGUUUCAGAAUAAUCAUCGCCAUGUGGGAGGCUUUUUGUUAAAUGCAGAAGAAAUCUCAAAAUAUUGUAUUUAUAUCUGCCUUCCACUGCUGCCAAUUUAGUAAGCAUCUCCUACACAAUCAACAAUAAACAGCAAAUGAUGCAGUUCAUAGAGUAUUUUGCACUUGGGGAAAAAUAUGUAUCUGAAUUGUAAAAAGAAAUGUUUGGAUUUUGUAUGUCUUUUUUAUUAUUAUUAAAAUACUAAAUGAAACUCCACAACCCGGCAUCUUUUCCUCUAUCUCAAUAGCUUAUCCUAGAGCCAAAAAAGCCUUGAGGAGACAAUGUCUUCUGGCUUCCAGAUAAAACUUAACCCAAAUUUUUUUUGGCAACUCAUCCCUAAUGAUUUUAAAAUUUGAAAAGGCUUGUGUUUUGUCUGUCCUUAAAAGCAGCAUCAAGUAUUACCUCCUGAGGGGGAUCUAAGGAGUAGGGGAAAUUUAUUGUUCCUCCUCACCACAGUACAGUCCACAACAGCUGGCCAGCCCACAGGUGGUUCAGCACCUCCCUAGUCAGGAUGUCCCACCUCUAGGAAAGCGCCAGCACUGAGGGUCACCCAGUGUCAUUCUUUGUAUGCAGUACACUCUUAGCCACCAAAUAGUAUUGUGAAAUACAGAUCAUUUAGUCACUACCACCAUCACUGCUCCUACAGGGCAGGAGAAAGCAAUCUCCAAUCUCUUUUAUAAAUGAACAGUCCCAAUUUCUAGGCUCAGAGAUGAUAGAUAAAACUUUGCUGUCGCAAUUGUAUAAUUCCCUGACAUGAAAUUUUAUUGGAUUUAAUAUCUACAUGAUAUAGCCAUUUAAGAGUAUAACUUGAGGAACAAGGAAAAAUCUACCUGAUCAAAAAACAUGUUGGGGUGGCCUAUCAGAAUCUUAAAUUUACCCUUUAGCAUCUAUAAUGAAGAUACAGAUGAAGUACAUUCAUUCCAUAAUUACUGAGCUCCUACUAUAUGCCAGGUAGUGAGCACCUGCUCAUCAGCUCAUUGACAAUAGCCAUGCUCAAGAUCCACGCUCCUCAUGUAACUUUCUGAUUAUAAUUGAUCUUCCCAGAUAAGAUUUCCCCAACAGGAGCGAUAAUCCAGUUCACUUGGUGGCUAUACGUAUAAAAGAAUGCACUGGUAUUCUAUUAUGUACAUUAACUUCCUAUGAGUUUGAUUUAAUGUGACAAAACAUGAACACCUUUGCGUGGACUGACCCAAAAUCACACUUCUAAAACUGCAAAGCCAAGGACCAUAUCCAUGACCUUCACACUAUACCAACUUGGAGCCAUCCUCUUUGACUUCUCUCAUAACUCACUUCUAUUCUAAGAACAACACAUCUUCCUCCUUACUUCCUAGGACAUUUGCUUUGGUGUCUCAAAAUAAUGGAUAGUCAGGGACAUUGGAGUUUGGAUAUGUCUAUAUUAAGAAGUCUUCCAAGUGGGGUAAAUGAAGAUUUUUCCUAGGGUACGUAAGACUGCAAGGAAUACCCAGGCAAUAGCCUCAAAUCAGUCUGAGGAGAGUUUUAAAGGAAUAAAUUUCCAGAUCCUCAACUUCCCUAUAAAAUAUUUUCUAAAACCAGGCUGGGUGCACUGGCUCACACCUGUAAUCCCAGCACUUUGGGAGGCUGUGGCGGGCGGAUCGCCUGAGGUAAGAGUUUGAGACCAGCCUGGCCAACAUAGUGAAAUCCCGUCUCUACUAAAAAUACAAAAAUUAACCGGGUGUGGUGGUGCACACCUGUAAUUACAGCUACCUGGGAGGCUGAGGCAGGAGAAUCUCUUGAACCCAGGAAGGGGAGGUUGCACUGAGCUGAAUUGGGCCACUGCACUCCAGCCUGGGUAACAAAGCAAGACUCCAUCUCAGAAAAAAAAAAAAUAGCCGGGUGUGGUUGGCAGGCACCUGUAAUCCCAGCUACUUGGCAGGCUGAGGCAUGAGAAUCACUUGAACCCAGGAGGCGGAGGUGGCAGUGAGCCGAGGUCGUGCCACUGCACUCUAGCCUGGGCAACAGGAGCAAAACUUCAUCUCAAAAAAAAAAAAAAAGGCCAGGCACAGUGGCUCACGCUUGUAAUACCCGCACUUUGGGAGGCCGAGACAGGCAGAUCACAAGGUCAGGAGUUUGAGACCAGCAUGACCAACAUGGUGAAACCCCAUCUCUACUAAAAAUACAAAAAUUAGCCGGGCGUGGUGGCGCGCGCCUAUAAUCCCAGCUACUCAGGAGGCUGAGGCAGGAGAAUCGCUUGAACCCAGGAGGCGGAGGUUACAGUGAGCCGAGAUCACGCACUCCAGCCUGGGUGACAGAGCGAGACUCCGUCUCAAAAAAAAACAAAAAAAAUUCUAAAACCAAUCCGUUUGGGAGCCAGCUGACAUAUUCAUGCACAUUCUCCACUCUACCACUGCCCCCACUUUCACCAUAGUCCUUGUCCUACUUUACAAAAGAAAGGAAUAUCUCUCCCCUACACUGAAUCUUGAUGCAUGGUCCAGGGUGUAAAAACCUGGGGAGCUGGGAGGGAGCAAUUAUUUUCUACUUCCUAUCAAAAUAUUCCCAUUGCAAUCAGUCUUCCUAUUUUAUCUUAUAUAAAAUGUUUAUUAUUUUCUACCUCCUAGCAAAAAGUGAAAUUGCUAACUGCUCAAUUCAUUAUUUCUUAGCAAAUACAGCUUUCCUUUCUAAAAAAUACAGAUGAAAAAAAUUUGUGUAACAAGAUUAUUAGUUAUUUCUGAUUUUUAGACAUGAUUCUCAUUUAAUUGUUCCCAAAAGCUGAACAACAAGAGUUUGAUGAAAGCAGGCACACACAUUUAUAUAUGCCUUCUAUAUGACUUCUCAAAACUGAUGGAUUUAACUAUACAUUAUACAGCAUUAUUCCUAAUUAUAUAAUGAAAAACAGUACUAUCUUAUUUUUACCAUUUAUUAUGUUAAUAGUAGGUCUAAAUAAUUUUAAUCUUGACUGGUUUAUUAGUGGUCCAUUUUAUAAGCUAUAGUUAAUCAUUUAUUUCCUAAUAAUUUUUAUAAUAUUCCUCAAAAUGAAUGUUAACAUAUUUAUUUGAAUGGAAGAAUAAAGUCAGACAUUUUUCUAACAGAAAGUAGGUCUGAUUUGGCUGAUUGGUUUGAAAUGAAAACUGGCUUUGCCAAUUCCACAAAUGGCAGUUGUUUUCUAUACAGUGAAUGAGCGGAAUCUGCAUUUCAGUUUAACAAAAAGAUCUUGAAAACAUGUAAUAAUUAAAGAAUUUUACCAAAAAAUAUUGUGUAGGCAAAGAAGUAUGGAAAUCAAUAUCUGAUUAACAAAGUGUCUCUGAGUGUAAAGGUCACAGAUAAUUAAUAAUCAUGUUUAAUAAAACCAAAACUGAGACUCUAAUAACUAAAUCCUUUUGGAAGUUCAGUGGUUUCUAAUCUUUUACUUUUAACAAAAUUAAAAGAAGACUCUAUUUGAUAGUAUUAAUAGAUCACUCUGUGAUUGCUGGCAUAUAAUUUAGAAGUUCAAAGACUCAAAUAAUAUCAUUGUAACAAAUCUCUUCCUUUCCCAAUUGUGGAAACAAGGUUUCUCAAUACUCAUGUCUAUAAAAAUAAAAAAUAGGUAAAGGAUUGAUGUUGCACCUUAUCUCCUUCUACCAUUAGGUAAUAUUAAUCCAUGAAUACCUGAACUAAUUGGGGAGAAACACCAUAUUUCUCAUUAACAGAUGCAUUUUCAAUAAAAAUUGUACUUUUUAGGUUUUACAAGUCAUAAAAAUGUUAAAAAUAUUUAGGAAAAUUUAGUAUUUAGUAAUAUUUAGUAAAAAAAAAGUUUAGUAAAUUAUAUACUAAUGAUUACAGGAAGUGAAUGGAAUUCGAAGUUUAAGGAGAAAGAGAACCAUAUAAAAUUUCUGUUAAAGAGCUUGUUCAUAUAUUUUUAAGUGGAUGAUGGUAGGCAUUAGAUUUUUUAGGGUACUUGGAAUCCACCGGAUACUUUUUUUUAAUUUGAGACAAGAGUCUCACUCUGUCGCCCAGGCUAG